AGAAUAGGUGAAAUAAAACCUCUACCAGAGAAUAAGACUUUGUAUAGCCAUUCAGCUACAUUACAGAAAAUGACAAAGUUUAAUCCACAGCCUCUUCUGCUAUUAUUGCUGUUAAUAGAUAUAUCAGAGUGCAGAGAUGGCUCACCUUUGAUGGUGUCUACUUCUCUAGAAGAAGAUGUAGUCCUCCCUUGUUUUGAUCCAUUAAUGAUGGAUCCAAAGAUUUGCUUUAGAGUCAAAUUGAUUAAACAUGCCACGAGUUACAGUCAGAUGAAAGUGAUCCUGGCCAGGCCUAAAACACACAGAUUCAAGGAUGCUCAACGUGUGAAAUGGCAAGCUGAUGGAAAUGGACAGAUGUCUAUUUUUCUGUCAAAAUCACAAAAAUCUGAUGAGGGACUGUAUGGAUGUGAAAUCUGGAAAGGCUGGGAUAAUUCUGUUGUCAAUAACAUAUCUUUGAAAGUUAAAGACUGCAAAACCCUCCAGCCAGUAAAGGCAGUGCUCAGCACACCCUUCAACCUGAACUGCCCAGUGGACAUAACCCCAGCUCAACAAAGACCCCUAAAUAUCUCCUGGGCAAUGCUAAAAGGAGGCAACCCGCAACCUAUCAACCCUAAAAGUUUUGCAAUUAAUGCAACAUCAUUAAGUACCCUGUCUGUGGAUUACGCUGACAGCGGUUGGUACAGAUGUAAAUACAAGCUUGAUCAAACCCAGCGCUGCUUUGACAUAAACCUACUGGUCCAAGAAGAGGAACACGUUGUGCGCACAACGGUUCCAGAGCUGACAACCAGUGGGAUUACUUCGGAAACCAAGAAGAAAGGGAUCAGUCAAUUAUUUAUGACAGUUGUUGUUGCUUCAGUCAUUGCUGUGAUUACCAUAAUGGCUGCCCUGAUGGGGUUUUUCAUCUACUGCAGACGUAACACCCAGAGCAUUCCACAGCAAACUCAAAGGCACCCAGCAGGUUAUCCUAUAGAGUGUUAUGAUUACGAGGAAGUGAAUUCCCUAUCUCAGAGUGAGCACCAUCUUAUUUUCUCACUAUUUUCUCUGUCCAGUAACUAUGACCACUUUGGGAUUGUAUUCCACUCCUCUAACAACUUUUUCACUGUAUCACACAGUCCGUUCAGACGACCAAUUCAACAGUCUUUACCAACCUUUCCCAGAUGAAGGCCUGUGUACUUUUUGAAUAUAGUCAUUUUCAGUCUACUCAAGACAUAAGAGAAGAUUGUCAUUGUGAUUCUCCUGCUGACAUUUACACAUCAUAAACAUGUAACAUUGUCUUACCUGUAACGAGUUUGACUUGCUAAGGAGAGAAACUAAGAUGUACUGUAUAUGGAGCAGCAUGUAAAAUGUACAUACUGUGAAACAUGAAAAAUGCUAGCCUCUGCUUUUACGUAGAAUGUUAAAAAUACACAAAAAAAACACUGUUUUUGUUAAUUCCUCUAAUCAUCUGUAUUAAUUCAAUGAAAGCCUGUAGAAAAUAAAAAUCUCAUGUAAUUCUUUAUCCAAUUUAAAUUAAUAUCUGUCAGAUGCUCAAUGAUCAUUAAAAAGAAAGUAUUCUGAUUUAAAA